AUGGCUGAGGGCGGGGCUGGGCGGGACGCGGAGGGAGGGAAAGCAGAGGAGGAGGAGGGAGGAGGGUGGGCGCUCGUAGUCCUCGCUCUCUCGACGAGAAUCACAGCAAACGAAAUCUCGUGCACGUCCGACUCCGAGCGACCAAUUUCCUACGGUUUUGGGCGUCGUCUUGCAGACGCGCGCGCCCCGCCCCUCGCGCCGCCCCCCGCGCCGCCCCACGCGCCGCCGGGCGCGACGCGCAAGACGUUGGUGCAGGGGCCCGAGGUGAUCGCCGGGCCCGUCAUGGGGGCAGGGGGGCCGGCCGCGGCCGUGCCGGUGGCCGUGCCCGACGCCGGGCUGCCCAGCGCGCACGUGCAGCAGACGGUGGCGCAGACGCACGGGCAGUCGCAGGCGUUCAGCGAGGCCGCGGCCUCGGAGGUGUCCGAGGUGGCGGAGACGGCGGUGAGCGGCGUGGGCGCGGCGGCGGGCGGCGGCGGCGGCCUGCACUCCGUGCUGCACAAGCACAAGCGCCAUCGCCAGCAGAAGCACCGCCAGACGCACCACCAGUCGGAGACCGUGCAGCAGCAGGUGGGCGUGGCCGUGCAGGCCAGCGCGCACCGCGUGGCGCGCGGCGCGCCCGCCGCGGCGUCGCCGUCCACGACGGAGCGCCAAGAGGGCGGCUUCGAAGGGCUGCACGGCCGGCGCAUCGGCACGCCCACCGCCACCGACUUCGACGAGGACGACCCCGUCCACGACCUGGGCGGCCCGCGCGUCUUCGUCAAGCGCCCCAACUGGAUGCCGCCCGCCCACACCCCGGCGCUGUUCCCGGGCAGGACGGCCGCGGCAGACUGGGCUCUCGGCGGGGCCGUCCCGCCCAGGUUGCAACGACCGCCGGCAACGAUCACGGCGAGGAUGUUGUCGGACGACGGGGAUGGUUACAAGCUGCUUCCGGGCAGCGGGGUGCUGGGGGGAACGUUGGGGGGGACGAUGGGUGGAACGCUUGGCGCGGCGGCGGCGUAUGCUGGGGCAGGAGCGUAUGGCGGGACAGGGAGGCACGGUGGAGCAGGGACGUAUAGCGGAGUAGCAGCAUAUGGCGGGACAGAUGCGUUUAGCGGAACAGGACUCUACGGCGGCCUGGGCGCCUCUGGUAGAUUAGGAGCUGGGGCUUACGGCAAGGUGCGUGCAGGCUCAGGGCUGAUAACUGCGCGCUCGGGGCUGGCCGACGACUCUUCAUCCGGUUGGCAGCUUAGCGGCGGCAGCAGCCUACACGCUCUGCCCGACGUUCUGGGUAGUGGUGGUGGUGGAGGUGGGGGAGGCGGAGGGGGUGAGCUAGAGUCUCUACACGCCGCUAGUGGUGGCGGAGGCGGAGACGCAAUCGCCGCUGACGACCAAGAUUUGCCCAGUCGACGAACGAGCUCGGUAGCCGACCACCACGGGCAAGACAUCUCCGAACACCCGUUGUCACGGCGGCCGGGUCCUGAGUUCUUCCAUGCGGUGCGCCACGGGGAUGUCGAGAAUAACAUUCACGAAAAUAACAACCGCUAUGAAAAUGAAGCCCACAAGCAGAAGACAUCGUCGUCGUCGUCUUCGUCCUCGUCUUCGCAAUCUGCACAUCAUGGACAAUCAUCUUCCGAUACAGCACAAUCCGACGCACACUUUUGGUCCUCUUCACAAAAUGAACAUCCAGCUUCCCACCCAGCACAAUCUGACACACACCCUUGGUCUUCUUCGCAACAUGAGCAGCAAGCUUCCGAUACAACUCAAUCUGACACACACCUUUGGUCCUCUUCACAAAAUGAGCAUCCAGCUUCCCACCCAGCACAAUCCGAUUCACACCCUUGGUCCUCUUCACAAAAUGAGCAUCCAGAUUCCCACUUAGCACAAUCUGACACACACCCUUGGUCCGCUUCACAACACGAGCAGCCAGGUUCCGAUACAGCACAAUCCGACUCACACCUUUGGUCCUCUUCACAAAAUGAGCAUCCAGAUUCCGACACAGCACAAUCCGACUCACACCUUUGGUCCUCCUCACAAAAUGAGCAUCCAGAGUCCCACCCAGCUCAAUCCGACACACACCCUUGGCCCUCUUCACACCACGAACAACCAACUAACGAUCCACUAGUUGACCCGCCUUGGCCCUGGUUCAGUGGUGUGGGGCCCGCGUUCGACUACACCGGCAAUGACUUCGGCCCACAAUCAGAUUCCAACAACCAUCCUGAUAAUUGGAACCAAAACAGCGAUCAUUACCAAGGCAGUGAUCACUACCAAAGCAGCGAUCACCACCAGAACAGCGAUCAUAACCAGAACAGCGAUCACAACCACAACAGCGAUCACAACCAGAACACCGAUCACAACCCACCGCAUACGAACUACAACAUGCCGACCCAAGAUUACUUG